AUGCAAAACUCAAGCCAGGGUUUCGGCUUCUCCCUCCCUCCUGUGCAGGUUAUGAGACCCCUCAAUGAUAAAGCAAUCAUCGUUCAAGUGCUGAUCAGCCUGUUUCUCUACAUCGACCUCCUCAUGAUCUUCACCUUCUUCAGGAAGGAGGCCUUCCACGCCAUCACACGCUACAUCUUCUUCGCCCACACCCUGAUCUGCGACUGCACCUUCCUCAUCAUCUCCGACAUCCUGCUCCUGCUCAGCUACUCGCGCAUUGUCAUGCCGACCAGCCUGUGUGUCCCCAUCUGUGCCAUCCUGGUCAACCUGAACAUCGCCACCCCGCUGACGCUCACAGCCAUGAGCAUGGAGCGCUACGUGUCCAUCUGCAUGCCGCUGCGCCACUCCGAGCUCUCCACGCCGCAGCACGCCGCGCACGGCAUCCUGGUUAUCCAGGCGCUAGCGUCCGUGCUCAUGCUAGUCAUGCUCUUCAGCCUGGCGGCCGUCAUGCCUCUGGACUUCUUCCUCUCGCACAGGGUGUGCAGCCUGGAGACCCUGCAGGUCCACACGUGGCAGAAGGACCUCACCAACGCUGUCUCGCAGCUCUACUUCCUUCUCAUGGCGCUGGUCAUCUGCUUCUGCUACGUGAAGAUCAUGGGGGUGGCCCGCGCAGCUUCCGGGGCUGACCGCAGCUCCUUGAACAAGGGUCUCAGGACGGUCAUCCUGCACGCCCUCCAGCUCCUGCUCUCGCUCAUUCAGUUGUGGUGUCCCUUCAUGGAGAUGGCCGUGCUCCAGAUUGACCUGCACAUGUUCAUAACCCUGAGGUAUUUUGACUAUGUGGUGUUCAUCCUGGCGCCACGAUGCCUGGUGCCCCUGGUGUACGGACUGAGAGACGAGAGCUUCAUGGCGGCCCUGAAACACUAUGCUGUCUUUGGUUGCCACAAUAAAACCGCUCCCAUGAAAAAAGACAAGAAAAAUCCUAGGCGAGGGUCACAGAGAUUGCAGACUUAA